GUUAUAGAAGUGUCCUACAUGAGCUACAUCUGUGUCGCUGCCUGUCUCCCGCUGCAACUGGCGACGUUUGAAUUCAAACGUGUUUGAAUCUUGUCGCUUGUAGCGGGUGCGACAGCGGUAGCCAUAGUUCAAACUGUACAGGGUUUUGUGAGGCAGCAGACAACAUGUCGACGGAUUUCGCCGAAAUUUUAAUAGCAGAAGUUAGUAAGAGGCGCUGUUUAUGGGAUAUAAGAGAGAAAAGCUACUACAAUAGAGUCAUAUGUGACCAAGAAUGGGCGGCUGUUGCCAAUUCAGUGGGAUCAACAAAAGGCGAAGCCAAAAACAAAUGGAAAUCCCUGAGAGACGGUUUCCGAAGAGAACUGAAGAAGAAACCAAUAACAUCAUCAGGUGAUGCAGCUAAUGCAUGGAGGAGCAAGUGGUGUUAUUUCCAGGCGUUGAUGUUUCUUAAGGACAUAAUGACACCAAGAGAGCCUGGAACAAAUGUGGCACUUGAAUGUCAACAAUCACUGUCAUCAAAUGGUGACAGUGACACUGAAGUGCCAGAAACUGAUCUUGGUGAAAGUAAAGUCUUUGAUGGCCACGUUGAUUGCGUUCUGACUGAGGAGUUCCUGCCCAGCACAGAAGACCCGAACUCUAUGGUUGUCACAUCACCACCUCCGCCGUCACUGACAGGGUCAGCAAAGAGAAGACAAUCUGCUAGUUUUGAGAGAGAACUACUUGAAAUGGAAGCGAAAAAGAUCAAAAUUUUGAAGUCACAAGCCAAAUGUGAGGACAGGAAGUUUUUGUUGUCAUUGGUACCUUAUUUUAAGCAAAUUGAACCACUAGAAAAACUAGAAGUAAUGGGGCAAAUAAUUGAUGUACUGAGAAGCAAAAUUUCAAGCAAAAAAUAAUAUAAGCAAGUGCCUUUUUUGUCUGCAACAUCUUGUAUCCUGCCAUUCUGAUUUAAGUGAUUCAAGGCUGUGGUUAGUAACUACCAGUACAGUUUUUAUUAGUGACAUGUAUCUGCUUUUAAAUUGAGUAAUUAAUUUAUACUACUUACCAUAAUGGUCUUUUUGUUUACAUUUUCAUAGAUUUGUACAAGCUCCUAUUAGAAAGCAUCCUCAGAAUUUUGUUAUGUGCUGUUGAAACAACGAGACACAGAUCAAGAUUUAUAUAACUUAGGUUCAAGUAGUGCAGUACAUUGUGGAUAGAUUAAAUCUGUUAAGUAAAAAUCGUCAGUAGCUGUUUCACAGUCUCAGUCAGUCAUCAUACAGAAUGACGCUGUGGAAAAUAAUACAAAGAUACACGUGAACAUUCUCAUGAAUUCAAAGCACUAACAGUUUUCUUCG